AAACUACUGUCCCUAAACAAUAAAAUCUGGGUUGUCACUUGUCCGUAGUGGUCCUCACGUACAUUUAAUGUUCUUUUAACUUUAAAUUUAUUGUUGUUAAUUGAUUUAUUUGAUGGCGUUUGACACUCAUUAGCUGCCAGCCUAGUUUAGCUAAUGGGUACACCACGGUUGUCCAGAAAUUAACGAGUUGAAGAAAGAGAACUAGGUUAUUCUGGACAACCAUGGGAAAAGCUGUCCCCGAAAACAAAGGCUCGCCCCAAGUUCCUUCGGAGUUCAGCAUCAUGGACCGGAAACCUAUUAUUACCUAUGCUGGAGACAAAGCAUUAUUUGCUACGCUGGAGCAGAGUUUGAUUGAUGGCAUUCCCAAAGAUUCUACGGAGUGGAAAAGAUCCUACGGCAGGCCUGUGAUAUCGGUCACCACCGAGGCACUAUUUUCUCCUUUUGAUCGCAAGGAGUUGCCCAAAGAAGGUGACUGGCAUCUCAUUGGGCUACCAAUUUUUCACACCUAUUGGACAGAAUGUGUGGAUGUGGAUGUUUACAAAACAUCUGUUCGAGAUGAUAUUGAUUCCUGGCUAAAGGUUCUUCAGAGAUAUGGUGUUGAAGAUUGGUUGAUUGUACAAGUAGAAACAUAUGACACUAAAAGAAGUAACAAGCUUCUUCCUAGAACUACUGUCCUUGAUAAAAUUCGAAGUGAUUUUGCUUCUAAACAUCCUGAUCGGUGCAUUUCUGUGUUCAAUCCAAUUCGCAGUGAAUCAAAGUCUGCUGAAACUUGGAGGGGUUUGCUGUUUCGAUUACGUGUAUUACUCCUUCAAGCGUAUGACACAACUCUAGUUAGGUUUGAAGAAACUAUUCGGAAGCAAAGAGAACGUCGAAUAGAGCCUGGAUGGAGCUUUUGCAAAUACUUUUUGUUACAGGAGGAACUUGCAUUUGUUCUGGAAAUGUUGGGGCUGUUUGAAGAGGCCUUAGUCCAAUAUGACGAGUUAGAUGCACUAUUCACCCAGUUUGUGUUGAAUUCAACUGUUGGGGAGACUCCCAAAUGGCUAGGAUCUUUCCAGGGUCCAUUGGAAUCCUGGCCUGGUCUUCACCUUACCCAAAAGGUUAAUCAAGAACAAAGGUUACUACUUCAAAAUUCAAAAGCUUCUCUUCUCCAAUUCAGAAGCUAUUUAUUUUCUCGUCAGUGUGCCAUGCUCUUGCUCACCAGGAAACCAUGGGAGAUUGCAAAAAGGACAUUACCAUUCCUACUAAACUGUGUGGCUGAGUUGCGAAUAUUAGAGGUUGCUUGCCCUCCAGGUUCAGUUGCAUGUUGGUUGUUUUUAGGCUGCCUUGAAGUUCUCCGCUCGUGUGAACAGUUUAAUGAAAUUUUUGAGGUACAAAAAUAUUCAAUGUUCACUGCAAGUCUCUGGGCAUAUGCAAGUGACAAGUUGAAAGAAUUAGGUGAAUUAUGUGGACUUCUUCCGGGAAUGGAACCAACAAGUGAACAGCUUCACUUAGUAGUUGGGCUCUCUGCUGGUAUGGGAGAUGCCCCUUUAUUAAGUAACAACCGUACUCCUACAGACCAACUCAAGGAGGCCUUAUCGUCAAAUGAAGCUUUUAAAAAGCAUUACCUGGAGUUCUCAGAACUUGCUAUGGGCACAUUCAAGCAUAUAGGUCGUGUCAGACUUGCCCGAGUUAUUGGCCGAAACCUUGCAGCAUUUCAUCAAAGGCUUGGAGAGUACCAAAAGGCAUCCACUUUCCUCGCUGAUGCUCUGCAAAUGCUGGAGGCAGAAGGAUGGCGGGCUAUGGCAGUAGAAACUAAACAAGAGCUUGUCACCUGCUACCUCCAUACAGGGGACAAAGAAAAGUAUGUGAAAACGUGUGCUUCCCUUGCAUGUUGUCAUGAAUUAGACCAUGAGAAGAGAACAUACUACUUCAACCAAAUGGUUGAGGUUCUUGCAAGUAUUUCAACAGAAAUACCUUUGCUAACAAAUUUCUCAGAGGCAUUUGAGCUUCUGAAUGUCACUGUAAAAACAGAGAAACAAAAACUGGUAGUUGGGGGAGCAGUAGAAGUAGAGGUUGAAUUGAACAGUCUCCUGCCAUGUUCUGUGACUGUCCAACUAGCAUCUCUCUCAAUGGAAAAGAUUCCUGAUAAAGAGGAGAUGACAAACAAUAGUUCUAAUGUGGACAAGAAAAAUUCCAGUGAACGGUUUGCUCCUUCAUCAUCACAAGCAACACUCAAAAGGAGUUGUGAAAUAAGUCGGUUGCCUGAAAAUCCGCUCUUAUCAAGAAUCUCACUGUGCCAAUGUGUUGACUAUCAACAAGACCAAAGUCUUAAGGCAGCCUGGGCUACUUGUAAAGAUUCACGAAAUUUCUUAAGGAGAGCUGAUAGUCAAGGUAGCUACAGGAAAGCUAGUACAACCUCUCGGGCAGAUUUUAGCCUUUCUGUAUCGGUGAAGAAUUUUAACCUUGUUCCAGGCAAGAAUACAUUGUUUCUUGAAUCCAAGAUUACAGAGUCUGGGAAAGUGCAGUUCAGCCAAAUGUCAAUUAAAAUUUGUGAAGAGAGGCUAGAGUUCUUAUCUUGUGCACUCCAGCAAGGAAUAGGCUUUGAAGUGACGAGUGAAUCCACCACUGUCUCCUUGAAGCAAUCUGAAAAUGACCUCUUGGCUGGGCUUGAGCAGGAAGUUACUCUUACUGUGAAUACUGGCAGCCACUGUAUAGAGAAGGAUUCAAAAUUAAUUUUAAGACCAACAGAGGGCCUGCAGACUCAACUGAAACUUGCAGCUGAUGAGCCAUUACUUAGUGAACUUGUAAUUACUCUUCCUGAAACUCAACCAUUUGAGACUUCUGAGUAUCCACUGCGUGUACUUGCACGGCUAGGUCCUCAAACAGAUAAUAGUGUUCUUGAACAUAAGGUUGAAAUAGACUGUCCCUGGUCAAAAGAAGCAGAGCCUGCUGCUCUUCACUUCCAACCUCCUUUUUAUACCUGUUUGAGGCUGCAUACAUCUCAUCGACGGAAAUUUGCACAAAUCGUGGUAACUGGGUUGACCAGAAGCCCCCUUAAACUGAUUGAACCGGAACUUAAGCUCAGUCAAGACAGGGCAUCAGUUAGAUUACUACCUCUGAAUCCCAAAGGAGGCCAGCCAAUGGUUGUCAGCCAUGGUUUCAAUGUUGUCCUUCUAUGGGAGUUAGAAGUCACAGAAAUUGAGGGAGAAGAGACAAAUGCUGAUCCCAUCAGUGCAGUGUUUACUAUGUCUUAUCAUCCAAUGCAAACUGAAAAUGAUUCUUCACACAGAUUGUACAAUUGUUCAUUUGCCAUUAAUGAUUAUAAAACUUUGAUUGUGACAAGUGCCAAAGUUGAACCAUCCAAAGGCAGUGAAUUCUGCCGCGCCAGUACAAUGUGCCAUUUACACUUAACAGUGGAGCGUGUUAGUGAAAACCUGCGAAGUCCGCUCAUGUAUGAAGUUCUUGUUGAUCAAACAAUGUGGGCGGUAUGCGGGCGAACAACAGGUGUUGUAACUGUUGAUGAAACCCAUAAACAAACAAUUCAGUUGGAUGUCAUGCCGCUAAUGAGUGGGUACUUGCCAGUUCCUCAUGUGAGACUUUCAAAGUACAUUCCUGCUGAUCAGAAGCCUAUCAGCAAAGCUUCAACACUUCAGCCACGGAGGGAGCCUUUCAGUCCUGGGCAGGUGUUCAACAACAGCAAGGCUCUCCAAGUCCAUGUCCUGCCCUCUGUUCCACCUGGAGACACUCCCUGAUCCCAGCCUUUGCCCCAACCUGCUUCGUCAGUGCCAUCACAUUUUGAAUCUGAGCAGGAAUAUGAUUCAUAUUCAGACAAUGACUCGGAUUUUGAUGAUUCUGACGAUCAGGAAGAGGGCCUUUUCGACCACCAUGAUCCUGAUAUGAAUCAGGAGCCCCAAAAUCGCUCAACUAUGAUCAGCUCAUUUUUCAGUAAAUUUAAGUCCUUUAAGUCAUUUAAAUGAUGGGAAUGUCCUUGUGAUCAUAUUCAUUUUAAUGUGCCUUUCUUGUGUGAAUGCUUUUGUCCCAGUCUUAUAGUGAAUAUUUUUGUCUCAUGUCUUGUGAGAAUCAUCAACUUUCUUUCUUUAAAUUGAAUAUUUGUAAUGGCAGGUCAACUGUGACAUUGCAAAUAGACUGUUGAACAGUGAACUAACAUUUUUGACAAACUGAAAGAUACACUUUCUAUUCACCUCAGUUUACUGCAAUGUUCCUUAUUACUUCAGGUCAAAAAAAAAGUUGUAUGUUAAUUUCUAUGAACUUGUUUUACAUAGAAUCAGAAGUGCACCUAUGCUUCCUACCUGUUAGGAGUCAGAAACUACUAAAAAAACUACUUUUUAGACCAAACCAGUGUUUUUAGCUGUACUCCUUUGGGUUAAUUUUGUUUAAACAGGAUCCCUCUUUUUGUGGUAGUAGAACCCGGCCUUGGAUUCUUUGCUACAAUUAUGCACUGUAGUGUGCAAAAUUCACUGUUGUGUAAUUAUGUAUCACUUCAUUAAUUUUGUGCCAUGAUCAAACUGUAUUAUUGUGAUUUAUUAUUACUAUUGUUAUUGAUAAACCGUGUAUCUUUGUGAAGUGCUCAGAAAAUGAAUAAAUAUUUCUAGCUAGUGUACAGACUGAGUUUAAGAAUUUGUUAUUGGAAUUGCUUGUUUAAUGAACAAUGCUGUCUGUUUUUGUACGAAGACUUUGUAAGGAAUUUGACAUGUUGUUCUUUUUUAUAUUGUAAAUAAUUGAAUCAAAUGUUAUAAUAAAUAUAUGCUGUUACUUUGAAUGA